UCCCUUCCGAGUAAAUCUUCUGGGGGGCCUCUUUCCUUCCUCUCUGAGGAAUCCCUUGCUAAUUUUAUGCCAAUUGGGGCGCAGAUCCGGGCGUCGGAGAAGGGGAUCGGCCGGUAGCCAUGCCGAGCGUCUCCGUCAAGCUGUACAGCGUCUUCUUCAAGCUCCUCCUGAGGCACAAGCUUCAAUCCCUCCUCCACCAGGCCCAGGCCCAGGCGGCCGCCGAGGACCCUACCCAGUUUGGCAUCACCUGCCGUCCUGACGAAUCCACCGCCCCCGCUAACCCUACCUUCGGCCCUGACGGCGUCGCCACCAAGGACAUCCACGUCGACCCGCUCAGUUCCCUCUCGCUCCGCCUUUUCCUCCCCGACACCUCCCUCGCGCGGCGCAGCAACGGGCACGCCUCUGACGGAACCCCCACCUCCGGAACCCCCACAACCGGCACCCCCACCGCUGGCGGGGCGUAUGGGGGCUACCUCCCGUCACCUAGAGCCCGUCGACGCUCAGCUGGGUCACGCAAGUUGCCUGUGAUCCUGCAGUUCCACGGCGGGGCUUUCGUCGCCGGGAGCAACACGUCUGCCGCCAACGACUUUUUCUGCAGGCGGAUCUCGAAGCUUUUGGACGUGAUCGUCGUUGCCGUUGGGUACAGGCUUGCACCGGAGAGCAGGUAUCCGGCAGCGUUCGAUGAUGGUGUCAAGGUGCUGAAUUGGUUGGGGAAGCAGGCGAAUCUGGCAGAGUGCAGCAAGUCGUUGGGGAGUACAAAGGGAAGUGGCUCUGGUGAUGCGAUGAGAUCGCAGAUUGAUGCCUUGGGGGCAUCUACAGUUGAGCCGUGGUUGGCAGCUCAUGCUGAUCCUUCCAGGUGUGUUCUUCUUGGUGUGAGCUGUGGUGCGAACAUUGCUGAUUUUGUUGCUCGAAAAGCAGUCGAGGCAGGAAAGCUGAUUGAACCUGUUAAGGUUGUCGCCCAAGUGUUGAUAUAUCCCUUCUUCGCAGGAACUGUUCCUACCCAUUCUGAACUAAAGCUAGCAAACUCUUACAUCUACGACAAGUCAUUAUGCAUACUCGCUUGGAAGUUGUUCUUACCCGAGGAAAACUUUACUUUAGACCAUCCAGCUGCAAACCCCCUUGCGCCCAACCGGGGACCUCCGUUAAGAUACAUGCCUCCAACCCUCACAGUAGCUGCGGAACAUGAUUGGAUGAAGGACCGUGCAAUCGCUUACUCCGAGGAACUUCGCAAGGUCAACGUUGAUGCACCAGUGCUGGAAUACAAGGAUGCAGUCCAUGAGUUUGCCACACUCGACAUGCUCCUCAGAACUCCACAAGCACAAGCCUGCGUGGACGACAUUGCCAUAUGGGUGAAGAAGUACAUAUCAAUACGCGGCCAUGAGUUCUCUUACUAGUUGACAUCAAUUCACUAGUUAGAAUGUCGCCUUGGAUUUUGUUUACUAGGUUGUGCUUUUUGCUGAAUCUGUUGGGUGAGUUGAAUUCUUUCAUGCUCUUUCCUUUUGUAUCCCGGAACAUGCAGUGUAGGAACCAUUUCAUCAUGAUGUUGUUCCUCUUAGUUCUCAUUCUUUUAUUCCUUCACAUACUCUCUUUAAUGUACAAUCCUGUAAACUAUACAUCAACAAUAUAGAAUAAAUGCCUCUCAAUCCCUUUCUUUUGUA